ACCGUAACUUUGUGUGAAAAAUGAAAGCCUGCGAAAGUUGAAUGUGUUAAGUUACUUUUGUGUAUUUGAUAUCUUUAAGUCAUAUCUUUCAGUUUAUAAACAUGGAUAAGCCUCAGAUUAUACUUCAUGCAGAAGUUUCAUUGAAUUAUACUGUUUUUGACACGAAAUGGAUUCCAGUCAGUACCAAAUUUAUUUCCUUGGGUACGCAUAGUAAAGGAACAGGAGCAUUUCAAAUUUAUGAAAUUUCUGGUGGUAAAGUUCAUCUUGUAUCAGAAGAUACUAAGCCAAAAGGUUUCAAAUGUGGGACAUUUGGUGCAUCUGGGUUGCAUCAACGUCAAUUAGCUACUGGUGAUUUUGAAGGCAAUUUACAAAUAUGGGAUAUUGAUAAGUCUGAAGUCCCAGUCUAUUCUGUCAAAGCUCACUCUCAAAUCAUAAAUGCUAUUGAUGGUGUUGGUGGCCUUGGCAUUGGCGCUGGAGCUCCAGAAAUUAUUACUGGAAGUAGGGAUGGUGGUGUUAAAGUUUGGGAUCCUCGACAAAAAAAUCUCCCUGUAGCAACAAUGGAAGCAGAGGCUGGGCAAGACAGAAGAGAUUGCUGGACUGUAGCGUUUGGUAAUGCAUACAAUAAUGAUGAAAGAUGUAUUUGUGCUGGAUAUGAUAAUGGAGAUCUAAAAUUGUUUGAUUUAAGAAACAUGUCCAUACGAUGGGAGUAUAAUCUCAGGAAUGGAGUAUGUUGUGUUGAAUUUGACAGGAAGGACAUCAGUAUGAAUAAAUUAGUUGCUACUACUUUAGAAUCUAAAUUUCAUGUUUUUGAUAUGCGCACAUACCAUCCAAAGAAAGGCUAUACCUCAUUAAUUAAAAAGGCUCAUAAAUCUACUGUCUGGCUUGCACGUCAUCUCCCACAAAACAGAGAUAUAUUUAUGACAACAGGUGGAUCAGGAUCCCUUUGUUUAUGGAACUAUGAAUAUCCCCCUGAAAGAUGCAGCGAAGAUACCUCCUCUAAAAUUGGUGUGAUGGGGGAAGUCCAUUUGCUUCAGAAUAACAUUGUUUCGAAUCAACCAAUAUCAGGGUUUGAUUGGAAUUCUGAUAAACUGGGACUUGCUGUAUGCAGUUCCUUUGAUCAAACAUUGCGUGUUAUAAUUGUUACAAGAUUAAACACUUUGUGAUAUGUGAAGUACAUGCAUAUUGUGAUGACUAGAAACAUUGUAGUUCUGAUAUUCCAGAAAAUUCCCAAGACCAGUUUUUGUAUUUUUCAUUGCCAUACUAGUCAUUAAGCUGACAACAGUAUUAACUGUGUGAUGGAAAGCACAAGAUUUUAUGUUUUUAUCCUUAUUCAUGAUAUACACUCUGUUUUAAUUGUAAAUGUUAGAAAUGGUGAAGGCAGUAAAAUAAGCUGGGUAUUAAGUUAUGGGAGCAAAAAAUGUGAUAUGUAAACAAGAUUAAAGGGUAAAGAUUGUACUGAAAAAGAAACGGUUGUUUCCAAGAACAGUAAAGAAAAAAUGCAUCGAAUGAAUGAUUGUGAAAUAAAAUCUGUCAUCUGUGGUUUUAAAAGUUUAUUGUAUAAACAUUCUUAUUUCAGUUAGUAAUACAUAUUGUCAUAUUUUAGAAACCUUUACUUCAAACUAAUGCCACAGUUUUAAUUCUUCGAAUAUGUAUAUAAGAAAUAUGGUUGAAAUUGUUCAAUAUGUAUCAUUGAAGAAGAAGUAAAAUUAUUUUUGCACUUUU